UAAAGACAUGAUUUACGUUAAACCAAUGUUUAAUCAUGACAUUUCAAAUAAUAGCUUAAUGCAUAUAGACUCAUAAACCACAAAUCAGAAAAUCAGAGUUUGGAAGCCAAGACGAGUUAUAUUGAACCAGAAUGCGUUUGGUUUUGUUCUAGGACUUUAGGAAGUCACGCUGAGGGUGCCUGAUUGCUUGCCUGAUGUCGGCGAAGUAAACCGAAGCGAAGCUCCGUCCGAAUUGCUAGAACGAGGCCAUUCUUGAGUCCAGCUACUCCAACUGCGCGGACCGAGAGGAAUGUUUAAAAAGGGCCUCUCUCGGUGAUAAGGGAAGGGCUUCUAUUAUUUAGUACGCGUCAUCUGUGACGUAGUUCCGGCCUGGCCGUGGAGGCUGAGGCCUAUGUACAAGUGGGUCUGUGAGACUCUGCGUUCUUGGGUAUUCUCACCUUCCUCUUGUCACCGGGAUGUGGAGCCUUCUUUACCUCGACCGCGGAAGAGACGAUAUCACAGUUCUCAGUCCUAUGUAGAAGAGCCUGAUCAGGAGCAAACAAAAAGACAAAAACUUGAUAUUUUUGGUAUAUUCACUCAAGGAAUUGUCAGUCUGAUUAAGCUACCAUCCCACUUAACAGCUAAAUAUUUUCAAGUUGGAGAUCAAUAUGCUGAAACCACAAAAGAGUUUUUUUCAAAUGCUUCUGAUGCCUUGGCUGAUAAGCAGAUGCAACCUAACUGUGAGAUGCAGAUGUGUAACUUUGAUAAAAAAGCAAGUUAUGGUACCUGUAUUCAUCCAGAUGUAGCAUCUGACUCUCGUAUUCCAGUGACUUAUAUGAGAGAUGACUUUACUUCCAAAAACAGUAACAAGAAAAGUCAUAAUGUGCUUCAAGAGGAUUUGCGGCCAUGGAGGCAUAUUACCCGCAGACAUUCAUUAGAAGCUGCUUCUUUGGAGUCUGGAAGGUGUCUAAGGAAACCUCAUUAUACAGUGGAAGAGGGAGUUCAGAGACUGGAGCAAGAGAAAUACAAAGAACUGCUUAAGCAAGGAAAAGAAAAGAGUCUUAAAAUUCACUCUUCUGCUGCAGUAGCAAAUUACCAUAAUAUUCAGGAUUAUGCCACCGGAUCCUUAAAGUUUGAUCUCAUCCCUUCAUCUGAAAUGCCAAGAAAUGGAAUCAAGAACUUUGGUCCCUUGGGCUCUAAUAAUGAUAUGAGCAGAUCAAUAAUAAUAGCAAAAAGAACAACAGAACAUGAAAAGGUAUUCAUACAGAAAAAAGAGAACUCAAUGCAGCCUUUGAUGGGAAAUGAUCUAUCAGAAGAAGUAUCACUUAGAUUAAGCCUGGUCCAGAAAGAAUCGUCAUACAGAAGACGUUCUCUGGUUGAAAUAAGAGAAAAGUAUCUAAGUUUGGAAAAGGCUACAGAGUGCUUUCCUGAGUUUACAGAGGAUAUGGAAACAGAGAUAGCAAAUGCUCUGAGCUAUGGUCAAGAUGAUGAAAUUUUGACUAGUGCCUUCAAGCUGAAUAUUACACGAAGAGACAUUCAAACAUUAAGAAACCAGCAAUGGCUCAAUGAUGUGGUCAUUAACUUCUAUAUGAAUCUUCUGGUUGAGAGAAAUAAAAUGCCAGGAUUUCCAGUACUUUAUGCUUUUAGCACUUUCUUCUAUUCCAAGCUAAGUUCUAUGGGCUAUAAUGCAGUAAAAAGAUGGACCAAAGAAGUUGACUUAUUCCAACAUGACAUAAUCUUGGUGCCUAUUCAUAUCAGACUACAUUGGGCAUUAGUGGUUAUAGAUUUGAGAAGAAAAACUAUCAAAUAUUUUGAUUCAAUGGGACAAAAUGGCAUCAGGAUCUGUAUGAGAUUGUUACAAUAUCUGCAAGAGGAAAGUAAAGCAAAGAAAAACCUGGAUAUUAAUGUUUCGUCUUGGAUACUUUACAGUAUGAAGCCUCAUGAAAUUCCGCAGCAAUUAAAUGGCAGUGACUGUGGAAUGUUUACUUGCAAAUUUGCAGACUUUGUCACUAGGGAUAAACCCAUUGCAUUUACACAGUUUCAUAUGCCUUAUUAUCGAAAAAAAAUGGUAUGGGAGAUUCUUCAUCAGAAGUUGCUAUGAUGCCAGACCACUGUUAUGGUUUCAUGUGCAUAAAACACCAUCUGAGUAUACAGUUGACUUGUGCCCAUUUAAAGGCAAAGAUUGAAAACACUCUCUUGGCUAAGCUGCAUUCAGAGAUGGGAGUUAUCCAGAAGUUAUCCAGAAGCUUUUUCUUGAAGCUUGCAGGUUGUCUAUGGUUUCAAUGCCCUGUUUGGAUUCAACUUAGUACUGCUUAUAAGUAAUGCAAUUGUAGUUGUAGCUGAUUUGUCGCAUUAAUUUUAACUGAUCCACUCAAACCAAAAUACAAUUUGGACUCGCCCUUUGAUUAUAAGCAAAAAGCAUGCUUUUUGAGCUUUAUUUUUGAAGUUUUAUUGUAUACUAACGUUGAGGCAUUUGGUCUGGAAAACUAUAGUUGGGACGACUGUAUUUUGCAAGAUAGUGAAAGGAGUGUGCUUACCCAUUGUAUGUUCCCGAGUUUAUAUUUUCAUAAAACUGGAUCUUAGUGAUGCUGAAAAAUGGAAAAUUCUGUUUGAUUUGUAACAAAUCCAUUGUGAAAGCCCUAGGUGGGAAUUAUUCUUUAUUUAAAAACUAAAAUGUUGUAUGAGAGUAUUUAUUUGUAUUCUUGUAUGUGUUGGACAUGUAUUGGAAUUCCAAGAUAGUUUAACUAAAAUGGAGAUAUCUAGUAAAAAUGAUAUAAAUUAUGUGACUUUCAUUGCCUUUUCUCUUUAGAAGUGAAAUAAGUGUUUUUCAACUAUGUUAUUAUAUGCUGCAAUGUAACAAGGGUGAGGAAUAGCAAGAUCAAUGAUUUUCUGUUUCAGAAAAUGACAAUCUUGAUUCUUUCAUUACUGUCAAGUUUUUUAGGCUAAAUGUUAAGAUUGUGCACAAUGUUAGGCUGAGGCAUAGAAAAACAAACAUUCUCAUGCCACAUAAAGAAAGCUUUCUUCCAACAGCUUAUCAUGGAAUUUAGCUAAAACAAAUACUUACUAGCCCCAGUUAUUUACUGUUUUCAGAGCCUAAUUACAGCAACCUUUUAGUAAAAUAAUAUAACCAUAAGUAUUGCUGCUACCCAUUGUUUUGCAAAGUAAUAUCACAGUUGCCCAGUUUUCUAUUAUUCUAUGCAUACAAUUUCACUUAAUUGCCUUAUUAUAUAGUAGUGGACAAUUAGCAUUUGGAGUUAACAUUGAACCCCUGACUUCUGUUAAACAGAGAUGACAAUGCAGAUAGGUUUACAGGAAGUAAUUUUAUUACAAAGUAAAGCUGUGUCCUGGGCAGAAUUAAGUCUUUUAGUGUAGAAUACAUCAGGAAUGGAAACUGAUGGUUUGUGGGCUUUUGGUAAAGAUAUAUUCAAAGUUACAUUUAAAAAAUCCCUAUCUUAUCUAGAAAUAGGUUCUAGUGGAGUGAUUAGCACUUGAUCAGUGCUGAAUUAUGCCAGCUCUUCCAGUAUAGCUCAACUAUCAAUUUUACACAUUCAAUCUAGGUGUUUGAGAAUAAUUUGACUGCAUUUCUAGUAAGCGUAGUUUAAAAGCUGUGCUCCAAAACGAGAACUUUAAUAGCAGAUAGAUACUGUCAUUUAGUGUGAAAAGGCUUAUUCAGACUAUUCAGUGGGGGAAAAGUAUACUGCUAUCAAACUCAUUGCCAUCGUUAACCCCUUUUACCAUGUCUCAGGAUCAAGGCCAGACUACCUGCCCCAAUGCAGAUAGUAGUUAACCCCUACAGCUGCAGAAGAUCAGGGAUGAUCUGCUGUUGAUACAGUGCAGACCCUGCACCUUCCGUAUUCUUCUAUCCUUUGCUGCAUAUUCCCUUCUCUAUAUGCUUGUGGGACAGUAGGGAAGGCAAAGUAUCCACUUGGCUGGACAGGACAACAGGCCUCUUCUUCCCUCCUUCUUGCAUUCUCUACGUAGAAGUAUUUCCAUGUGACUUGUGAAUAUUUGUGGCACCUUGAGAGAGGAAUUGGCCUACUGUUGCCCAUCUAAAUCCAUGAUCAUCCUUUGGCCUCUUGUACUUUGAGGAGUCACUGGUCAGCCAGCAAAGAUGCAGCUUAGUGAGGUGGCUAGUUUUGUUGGGAAUGAGGAAGCAGAAGUUAGACCCAUGCAGCCCAAAGUCUUUGCAUAUUAGAAAUCAAAAUUCUGCAAAUUCUUGGGUAAAUGGGUGUUUCUAGCUUUGAGUACGGGCUUGAAUCUUCUAUCUUUGUGCUCUAAACUGGGCAGUUUCAAGGAAUUGAAUUAAAUUCAGGACAAUUAAAGGGGGGAAAGAGCCAGAAUAGAAUUUGGAGUAUUGCAGGCCUUCCAUGAGAUCAUUAUUUCUAAGACCUUGGGUUUCUAACGGUAUUUUCAAUGAAAGCAUAAAAAGCUAGAGAGACCUGCGGCCAGAUGGGGUGUACAAUCCUGCAGCAAUCCAAUUGGAGCCCUGCAGGUUGUUGUCUCAAGUGGCUCUACAGGACAGAAUGAUAGGCCUUCAGCUUGUCUCAGCAGCAGGAGGGAAUGAGUUGGGGACUCUAUUGAGAGAAUAUGUCCUCUGUAAAGUGUGAAGUCUUUCAUGGAGUCAGAUGAUGAUGAUUUGGGGAUAAACCAAUGGAGAAUUAUUAAUCUUUGGCUCUGCUUUAUAAGAAACUCCCAACAGGACCAAGUUUAGUUCUACAAAGGAAAACAAGUAUCUUACAAAAUGCCCAGUUAAUUCUGUAUAACAGUGGCUCUCAAAUUUUCAAAACUCUCAAACACUCCCUAAUCCAGGGAUUCUCAACCUUGACAACUUUAAGACUUGUGGACUUCAACUCCCAGAAUUUGCUGGCUGAGGAAUUCUGGGAGUUGAAGUCCACAAGUCUUAAAGUUGCCAAGGUUGAGAACCCCUGCCAUAACCCAUAACCCACUAAAAUGAUAAACGAACAAAUGUGAUCGCCCAUGAAUAAAAUAGAUUAUUUCGCUGUGAUUACAGUUGGGCAGAAAAACUUCAUUUCUUGCUUUCAAUUAUAUUUUAUCUAUCUAUCUAUCUAUCUAUCUAUCUAUCUAUCUAUCUAUCUAUCUAUCUAUCUAUCUAUCUAUCUAUCUAGGAGUUCUCCAACUUUGUGGUACUGCAGCUGCCUGCUUGUGGCUUCACAAAGACUGAGGCAAUUUUUGACAAUGCUGACUUUGUUUCCACAAACCUGAUCAGAUUUUAAAAGCAACUAUGACCUAAAUUGUCUAUGAUCUCCAAGUGUCCUGACCAACUGUUGAAAACUUCUGCUGUAAGGUAUUAGCUCUCUGUAAACUUUAUCUUAGAAAAUAUUUUUUCCUGUCACAAUAAAUAGCCAGAUAUCCAAAAUAUUUUAAGUAAUCAGAUCAUCUUGGUUUAAUUCUAUAUCUUUCAUUUUAUUUGUAAAAGGCUUUGUUAAAAUGUCCCCUGAAAAUUCAGAUGAAAAAUGUGUUUUUGGAGCCCAUAUAGUGGCAUCGUAGUUAAAAAGAUCCUUCAAUGUACGCCUUCAAACAAUGGCUGGACAUAAUCUGGGAGGGAUGCUUUAAACUAGAUUGUUGCACUGAGUAUGCUGGCUCUAUGGCUGAAACAGCAUUUCUAUCUGAUUUGAUGUUUCCACUGCAAUUUAAAUGAAUGUGAACCAGGUACUUGUACAAAACACAUCUUUGUUUCUGUUCCACCCACUGACUUCACAAGACCGCAAAAGAUCCUCUGAUUAAAAGCAAGGGAAAACAUAGAUUAGAGAGAGGAAGGCUUGCACCCCAUGCAUUUUCCAACUUUAUAGUUAAAUAAAACUACAGAGGUCAGGUCUUGUUAGCUGGAUGUAUUUUGGUUUUUUUGUUUGCUUUUCCACAGAACACUGUUUGAAGUAGAGAAAACUGGUGUUUCAGUCUGAUGGUACAAUGAUAUGUUCACAGAACCAGUAUAACAUCCAUCUGUUAGCACAAA